AAAAGCAAUCCUGAGUCCUUAGAACCCUAGGCUGCUUGCUGGAGUUGUGUUCCAAGCACACGACACGCCUGCCUCUUCUGAACUCCGAUCGAUCAAUGGCGGAUCGAUUGACUCGUAUCGCCAUCCUCAAAGAAGAUCGUUGCAAGCCCAAGAAGUGCCGACAGGAAUGCAAGAAAAGCUGUCCUGUUGUUAAAACUGGUAAGCUAUGUAUUGAGGUCACUUCUCAAUCAAAGGUGGCGUAUAUCUCCGAGGAGCUUUGCAUAGGGUGUGGUAUAUGUGUUAAGAAAUGCCCGUUCGAUGCAAUUGAGAUCAUCAAUUUACCAAAAGAUUUGGAUAAAGAUACAACUCAUCGUUAUGGGGCCAACACCUUCAAAUUGCACAGGUUGCCUGUCCCGAGGCCUGGGCAAGUUCUCGGUUUGGUUGGAACAAAUGGAAUCGGAAAGUCUACAGCUCUCAAAGUUUUGGCUGGAAAGUUGAAACCCAAUUUGGGCCGUUUUAAUAACCCUCCAGAUUGGCAAGAAAUUUUAACUUACUUUCGAGGUUCUGAGUUGCAAAACUACUUUACUCGUAUUCUUGAAGAUAAUUUGAAGGCAAUCAUAAAGCCACAGUAUGUUGAUCAUAUUCCAAAAGCAGUUCAAGGGAAUGUUGGACAGGUACUUGACCAGAAAGAUGAGAGAGAUGUUAAGGCAGAGCUUUGUGUAGACCUUGAGCUGAAUCAGGUUAUUGAUCGUAAUGUUGGCGAUUUGUCUGGAGGGGAGCUUCAAAGGUUUGCAAUUGCUGUUGUUGCCAUACAGAAUGCUGAGAUUUAUAUGUUUGAUGAGCCCUCAAGUUAUCUUGAUGUCAAACAAAGGCUUAAAGCUGCUCAAGUUAUCAGAUCUUUGCUUAGAGCCAACAGCUACGUGAUUGUUGUGGAGCACGAUUUGAGUGUGCUUGAUUACCUAUCAGACUUCAUUUGCUGUCUCUAUGGGAAGCCUGGUGCAUAUGGUGUUGUGACACUACCCUUCUCUGUCAGAGAAGGAAUUAAUAUCUUUUUGGAAGGGUAUGUGCCCACAGAAAACCUUCGUUUUCGUGACGAAUCUCUCACAUUUAAGGUAGCUGAGACACCACAGGAGAGUGCUGAAGAAAUUGAAACAUAUGCACGCUAUAAAUACCCAACUAUGUCUAAAACACAAGGUGGUUUCAAACUUAAAGUGGUUGAGGGUGAGUUCACGGACUCUCAGAUCAUAGUAAUGCUUGGUGAAAAUGGAACAGGAAAGACCACGUUUAUUCGUAUGCUGGCUGGUAUACUUAAGCCUGAUACCAUAGAAGGCUCUGAGACGGAGAUACCUGAGUUUAAUGUCUCGUACAAACCUCAAAAGAUCAGUCCCAAGUUCCCUCAUUCAGUCAGGCAUUUGUUACAUCAAAAGAUCCGUGACUCGUAUAUGCACCCUCAGUUUGUUUCUGAUGUCAUGAAGCCUCUUCAAAUCGAGCAGUUAAUGGAUCAAGAAGUCGUCAAUCUUUCUGGUGGUGAAUUGCAAAGAGUUGCUUUGUGCUUGUGUCUUGGCAAGCCUGCUGAUAUUUACCUGAUAGAUGAACCAAGUGCAUACCUUGAUUCCGAGCAGCGUAUUGUUGCUUCCAAAGUUAUAAAGAGAUUUAUACUACACGCUAAAAAGACUGCAUUUGUGGUUGAACACGAUUUUAUAAUGGCAACUUAUCUAGCAGAUCGGGUGAUUGUUUAUGAAGGGACACCGUCUAUUGAUUGUGUUGCAAAUGCACCUCAGUCUUUGUUAACCGGAAUGAAUCUCUUUUUAUCGCAUCUGACCAUUACAUUUAGGCGGGACCCAACUAAUUAUCGACCAAGAAUUAACAAGCUUAAUUCAACAAAGGACAGGGAGCAGAAACUUGCUGGAUCCUACUAUUACCUGGAUGACUAAGAUAAUCGAUUCAGUUUCAUGCAUGACAUUUGGGUAUUAUACUGUAUAAGCCGUCACUUGUAGACACUUUUGGUUAAUCCGCCAACAAGACCAGCAGAGGGUGGCUUCUUUGCUACUUGUUAAAUGUUUACAUUGCUUGUACUCUUUUCAUUACCUUUUGUUUUCUAGUUGUAAUGUAAUUUCCGGCUCAUGAUCACUGAUAAUUUUGAGGUGUUUGUUUGUUUGUUUGUUA